AUCUUUUGGGUUUUCUCUGUGCAGGGUGGUAGCUUUUGAGCUUAGUGAUUUUCUCUUGUUAACAACUCUAAGCAGGGGAUUAUUAGAGACCCAUUAACUCAUCUAAAUACUGGAUGACUUUGGUUCAUUGAUUAGGCUGGAAGCUGUCGAAACUAAAGAGUGACAAAUACCCACCAAUUAGGUAGCCAAAAGCCAGCAGGAACAUUUGUAUUUAUUGGGACAAGUGAAAGUUUGUUAUCUUCUUUGCUCGCAAUUUUUCUUUUAAUUUAUAGAUAUAUACAUUACUCGGAUAAGAAAGGGAGUUCACCGGUCGGAAGUUUUCCUUCAAAUUUAACAGUCACCACGGUCUCUUUCAGCUUUGUUUUUUGGUGUUAUUACUGUUUGCUCAAUCCUUUGAACGAGUGGUGUAACUUGUUAAAUGCCCACAAAUUCAUGGGACGUAAUCCUUUAGGAGAAAGGUUGGCCACUAGUUAUUGGUGGUUACCAUGGCUCUUAGCAAGUUAGCAUCAGAAUUUGUCUUAAACUUCUAGUCGUUGAAAAUUCUCUGCAUACAAAGCUAAGUCUGCUAUUUGUAGGAUCCAAAAACGUGAGAAGAUGAUAAGGGUGAUGGCUCUAAGAAUGUUGAUGGAAGUAUGGCCACUGAAAUUGCGCAUUAAUUGAAAAAACCAGCCUGGUUUCUGGUUAGAAUCUUCAUUAGGAUUGUAUUUUUUCAAUUCGUUCAGCUUGUUCUGCAUUUUAGAAGCUCCCCAAUGGUUUGAAAUGAUAGUCAUGGAGGUGGGGAGGAAUGGACAAUACAGUUUUGAAGAACGGGGUUAUCUCAAAUGGGAAGUUGAAAUCUCUAUGGAAGUUUUUGCUUGAUGGUACUCAGGCUAGGGCUUGUGGUUGCUGCUUCAAUUGCAGCCUAUGCAGUAAGGCAGCUCAAUGUUAAAAACUCAAACUCCGUCGCCUCCGUCGACAAGCUCACCGAAAAUGGUGAAGAGAAGGAGGAGGUUAAACAUUCUAACCAUGACUUCAAAGAUAAUUAUGGGGAGGAAGAGGAGGAAGAAGAAGUCAAAUUAAUUAGUAGCGUAUUCGAUCAAGUUCCUGUUUAUAUAACUGAAGAUGAAGACAUUUUACCUGAAUUUGAAGACCUUCUAUCUGGGGAGAUCGAAUUCCCAUUACCUGAAAUUGAUGACAGUAAAGCUGAGAAGGAUAGAGUAUAUGAAACUGAGAUGGCAAACAAUGCAAGUGAACUGGAGAGAUUGCGCAACUUAGUAAAGGAAUUGGAGGAGAGGGAAGUAAAGCUUGAAGGUGAAUUGCUUGAAUACUAUGGAUUGAAAGAACAGGAAUCUGACAUUGUAGAGUUACAGAGGCAGCUCAAGAUCAAGGCAGUAGAGAUUGAUAUGCUUAAUAUUACCAUCAGCUCUUUGCAGGCGGAAAGGAAGAAGCUUCAAGAAGAGAUUGCACAAGAUGCUGCAGUGAAGAAGGAGUUGGAAUUUGCAAGGAAUAAGAUCAAAGAGCUGCAGAGGCAGAUUCAGCUUGAUGCUAACCAAACAAAAGGCCAGCUAUUAUUACUCAAGCAACAGGUUUCUGGUCUACAGGCAAAGGAGCAGGAAACUAUAAAGAAAGAUGCUGAACUAGAAAAGAAGUUGAAAGCUGUAAGGGAACUGGAGGUUGAAGUUAUGGAACUCAAGCGGAAGAACAAAGAGCUUCAAAUUGAAAAGCGGGAGUUGACUAUUAAACUGGAUGCUGCUGAAAAUAAAAUCUCGACUCUGUCCAACAUGACAGAAAGUGAAUUGGUAUCCCAGACUAGAGAGCAAGUCAAUAAUUUAAGGCAUGCAAAUGAGGACUUAAUAAAGCAAGUUGAAGGACUUCAGAUGAACAGGUUCAGUGAAGUUGAAGAAUUAGUAUACCUUCGAUGGGUCAAUGCAUGCUUAAGAUACGAACUUCGCAAUUACCAGGCUCCUACAGGAAAAGUAUCAGCUCGUGAUCUCAACAAGAAUUUGAGCCCAAAAUCCCAAGAGAAAGCUAAGCAACUCAUGUUGGAGUAUGCAGGAUCGGAACGUGGACAAGGGGACACAGAUCUUGAAAGCAACUACUCCCAGCCAUCUUCUCCUGGAAGUGAGGAUUUUGACAAUGCUUCAAUUGAUAGUUCCUUUAGUAGAUAUAGUAGUCUCAGUAAGAAACCUAGCUUGAUCCAGAAGUUGAAGAAAUGGGGUGGUAGAAGCAAAGAUGAUUCUAGUGCUUUUUCAUCACCAGCCAGAUCCUUUUCCGGGGGUUCUCCAAGCAGGAUGAGCAUGAGCCAAAAGCCGAGGGGUCCAUUAGAAUCGUUGAUGCUUAGAAAUGCAAGUGAUAGUGUUGCAAUCACCACCUUUGGUACGAUGGAACAGGAAAUUCCCGACUCUCCAGGCACUCCAAAUCUCCCAAGUAUCAGAACUCAAACUCCUAACGACUCCUUGAAUUCUGUAGCAUCAUCAUUCCAACUAAUGUCUAAAUCCAUUGAAGGAGUGUUAGAUGAGAAAUAUCCAGCAUACAAAGACCGACAUAAGUUGGCAUUAGCGAGAGAGAAGCAAAUUAAGGAAAGGGCGGAUCAGGCAAGAGCAGAGAGGUUUGGCAAUAUUUCAAAUUCAAACUUGAACUCUGAAUUUAAAGGUAAGACUGAGAGAGAUAGACCUAUAACUUUGCCGCCAAAACUUACUCAAAUAAAGGAAAAACCAGUUGUAUCUAGUGUUGCUACUGAUGCAUCUGAUGAAAAUAAAACGACGGAGUCUCCAGCUAUCAGCAGGAUGAAGCUAGCAGAGAUUGAGAAGCGGCCUCCACGGACACCUAAGCCACCACCGAGACCAUCAGCAGGUGCUUCGGUAACCACAAAUCCCAAUCCUCAGGGUGGUGUACCAGCUGCUCCACCUCUACCACCUCCACCUCCUGGUGCCCCACCACCUCCCCCAACUGGUGGACCACCUCGUCCACCUCCUCCUCCAGGAAGCUUGUCUAAAGGUGUAGGUGGUGAUAAGGUUCAUAGAGCUCCUGAGUUAGUUGAGUUUUAUCAAACAUUGAUGAAACGAGAAGCAAAGAAGGAUACUCCUUUACUUUCUUCUGCGUCAUCUAAUGUGUCUGAUGCUAGAAGUAACAUGAUUGGGGAGAUUGAAAAUAGGUCAUCAUUCCUCAUAGCUGUAAAAGCAGAUGUGGAAACUCAAGGUGAUUUUGUCAUGUCAUUGGCAGCUGAAGUUCGAGCAGCUACAUUCUCUAAUAUAGAGGAUGUUGUGGCCUUCGUAAAUUGGUUAGAUGAAGAGCUAUCAUUCUUGGUUGAUGAAAGGGCAGUCCUGAAGCAUUUCGAUUGGCCAGAAGGAAAAGCAGAUGCAUUGAGAGAGGCAUCCUUUGAAUACCAGGACCUUAUGAAGUUGGAGAAGCGGGUCACCACGUUUGUUGAUGACCCUAAACUCUCAUGUGAAGCAGCUUUAAAGAAAAUGUACUCCUUGCUGGAGAAGGUUGAGCAGAGUGUCUAUGCACUCCUACGCACAAGAGACAUGGCUAUCUCGCGAUAUAGAGAGUUUGGAAUCCCAGUUGAUUGGUUGUCUGAUACAGGAGUUGUUGGAAAGAUUAAGCUCUCAUCUGUACAAUUAGCAAGGAAAUACAUGAAGCGUGUAGCAUCAGAACUUGAUGCAAUGAGUGAACCAGAGAAGGAGCCAAACAGAGAAUUCUUGGUCUUGCAAGGCGUGCGUUUUGCUUUCCGCGUUCAUCAGUUUGCGGGAGGCUUUGACGCAGAGAGCAUGAAGGCUUUCGAAGAGUUGAGGAGCCGAGUUCAUACAACACAGAUAGGAAAUGACAAUAAGCAAGAAGCCUGAAUUUUUCAUUCAAGUUAAUCAUUAGCCGAAUUCAAUUUCAGCAAUCAUAUAAUACUUGUAACUCAACGCUACAACAGAUGUCAUUUACAUUUGGACAGUGUAUAUUUACCAAUCCACUGGAAAGAUGCGAGAGAUUAUGGUCUCAGUUAGCUUUUGUGCGCUGUACAGUAUGGGAUCAAAAAGUAAGAAAAUACUGAAUUCAAUUUGAGAA